AUGGCCACCCUCCACCGCGAACGCGUCGAACACGCGUUGAACGAGCUGCUCGUUCGGAUUAUUCCAGAGGAUGCCGACGAUGAUGAAGAAGCAGCCAACCAGCGCUUCGAGGACGCCUUUGAAUUCGCAAUCGAGGAACUGGCUGCUGCAGGGGAUCCCUCUCUCGUCCCCGACGUCAAUCAUAUUGCUAGCCUGAUCGAUAGACGAGUUGCUGGGCCUGGAAAUGACCGGCAAAAGAGCGCCCGCUUCCACAACCUUCUCUCCCGCCUUGAGACGCAAACCGUCCUGGAUCAGAAGUGGCGCAUGCUAUACCUUCUCUAUAACCUCUCCGACAACCCAGCGCCUACGAUAGAAAAGGCUAUCCCCCAUCACCCUCAAGGCCGCUCUCGCGAACCCACAACGCCAUCAAAGCAGCCGAGCUCAGGUGCUCAAGCACUUACCAGUCCAGCAUUCCGUGACACUUUCGCGAAACCAGGCUUGUCCCGCCUACCGGUCAAUGAUGGGUCGCCCAAAGCAGUGUUACGUCCUGCGCCAAUACCGGAUAGAUCAGAGAGGCGGAAGGAGCGCCGUGUACCAGAGACAAGCAAAGAGCAGCAAACCGAUGGGAGUCAUGUAGAGAAGGCCGACGUGGCACCAUCAGAACCUGCGCUACUGCGUGAUCUACCGUUCACCCUACAAGGCCUUUCUUCGACGAACCUCGUAUUCCCCUCUUCGACCACGCUUAAGCUCCCCGCGAACCUCCCAGUCCCCAUUAUCAGUCUUCUACACACGCUCGCCGAGCCUGCGAUACUCUACAGGGGGCUUUCGGAGUUUGUCGAGUCGGGCGACGGAGGUCUCAUAGGACAGAGUUUCCGCUCAGCCUUAGCUAAGGAACUACGGGCAUACCUGGGACUAGUCGCGACACUAGAGGGGCAGAUUAGAAGAGCGCUCACGCAGCUGAGUGAGGGGCCAGCGCACCAAGGCGUCAGUAAGGCUGGCGUCACACUCAAACGAUGCGUCAUCUGGAUCCGUGAACCCACCAUGGGCCUGCGACUGAUGAGUCUGAUGGUUGAGGAAUCGAAGAGCAAGAAAGGAGGCGAGUUGAUAGCCCUCAUCCACUCCUUCUCACUCAAUCACGGGGAUCCGUACGUCAUGGCGUUUGCGGAGCGCCUUCUAUCCGAUGUUACGCGACCCUUUUACGAUAUGCUUAGGCAAUGGGUAUAUGACGGCGAGCUUUCUGACCCCUUUGGUGAGUUCUUCGUCUCAGAGCCGAGCGAGGAUGAAAUCAACGAAGCUAGCGGCAACGAGGGCAAGGGAGGCGCAACAAGUGUCUGGGAAGACAAGUACAAGCUAAACGACAAAAUGGUGCCGACCAUCGUUACGGACGACUUCGCCAAGAAAGUCUUCCUCAUCGGUAAGACCUUGAACUUUAUCCGAUACGGCUGUGGUGACGCAGCUUGGGUGGACACAUAUUCAAAAGAAGCCUCCAAAGAGCUACAGUACGGCGACACUGCGAACCUCGAGCGAUCUAUCGGUGACGCGUACAAGACGACAAUGGCACGCCUCAUUGACCUCAUGGCGAACAAGUUCAAGCUAUUUGACCAUCUACAGGCGCUGAAGCAGUAUAUGCUCCUCGGUGCUGGCGACUUCAUCGCAGUGCUCAUGGAGUCUUUAUCGUCCAAUCUCGACAGGCCAGCAAACACGCAAUAUCGGCAUACGCUCACAGCUCAGCUUGAGCACGCUGUUCGCAAUUCGAAUGCACAGUUCGACACAUCGGAUGUCCUGCGACGCCUCGACUCGCGAAUGCUCGAACUCUCGCAUGGCGAGAUUGGUUGGGAUGUCUUCACCCUCGAGUACAAGAUCGAUGCACCUGUUGAUGUAAUCGUAACGCCGUUUGGAUCUAAGCAAUACUUGAAAGUCUUCAACUUCCUAUGGCGAGUAAAGCGUGUUGAAUUCGCACUUGGAUCAACAUGGCGUCGCUGCAUGACCGGUGCUCGCGGGGUUCUUGGCACAGUGUCCGACAAGGUUGGUACAGACUGGAAGAAGGCGCGCUGUGCAAUGGCUGAGAUGGUCCAUUUCGUCAAUCAACUACAGCAUUACAUUCUCUUUGAGGUCAUUGAGUCAUCCUGGAUCGAUCUUCAGAAAGCGCUGAACAAGCCAGAGAGUACACUUGACGACAUGAUAGAAGCGCAUGCGAGAUAUCUCAAUAACAUCACCCGGAAAGGCCUUCUCGGAAGCCAGAGUAUUGAUUUUACCGGGCAACUGCACGAGCUAUUGAAGACGAUGCUUGCAUACAAAGAUGCGGUAGAUGGGUUGUACUCUUUCUCCGUGGCAGAGUUCACUCGCCGUCAAGAGCACGCUGCUAAGAUCGAAACACGCACCGCAGCCGGUCGAUGGGGUCUCUCCGAGAAAGACACACGCCGCUCUUCGUUACUGGACCCUUUUUCAGCAUCACGCGCAGCAUCCCGACAUGAUCCCGACUCACCCCUCCCGCCUCCCCUCCUCAAGAUUGGCACCGCCGGCUCCGGCGAAGAUGAUGUUCUUCCUGCCCUCCAGAAGCGGUUGGGUCAUCUUAUUGAAGAGUUCAAAAGCAAGAUUAGUGCGCUGUUGGGUGACUUGGUGCAUUCACCAGAUGGCGAGUUGAAGAUGCUAGCGGUUAAUAUCAACUUCAAUGACGUGUAUAAGCCGGAGAGGAAAAAGAGGAAAGGUGAGAAGAAGAGGGAGAAAGAGAAGGAAACACCGAGACCGACAACGGCAAGUUCUUGA